AUGAGUAAAAGAAGUUUAUUUCUAAUACUAUUUAUUUUCUACACUUAUGUAACAAUAAUUCAAUGUAAUGAAUUACCACCAUGUUACAACCAGCCCGCGGAAUCUUGUCCAUUACAAAAUAAAUGUAAAUGCGUGAAAACUGGUGAGUCAGCAUUAUUUUGCUGCCAAGUUCAGUCAAAUGAAGAUUUGAUAAAAAACUUUGAGUGUUCAGGUGCUAAAUUAUCAACAAUCACAGCCUUACACAUUUACAAUAUGACAGCUGACAAUUUUAAUUUUGGAAAAUUUUCACCGGAAUUAAGCCGUUUGAUCUCAUUUUCAAUAACAAAUAGUUAUAUUAACCGACUACUUGGUCGUUUGGAGUAUAUGCAUCAAAUCACUUGCUUAAAUUUAUCGAACAAUGCUUUUGGCACAGAAUGGCAAGAUCCUCUAGCAUUGGAAAAUCUUAAAAGUUUAGCUAUGUUAGAUUUUUCUAAUGUAAAUAUAUCAAGUUUACCUACCAUAAAAAGUCAAGUGCCAAUGUUUUGGCUGGAUGUUUCAAAUAACAUAAAGAUUCAUUGUGCCAGUCUUCUAGAAAUUAUGGAAAGAUCAAGAAAUGCCAAGUAUAAAUUGUACUUUAAAAAAUAUAAUGAAACAUUUUGUAUGUCAUCACUGUCAUUUCAUUGGUUCAACUCUACUGAAAAGGUUGCAUUAAAUCAAGUGGAAAUUAUUAACAAGCUAUAUGAAGACUGUCCGUGGAAUUGUAGUUGUAAAUGGCAUGGCAUAGAAAUGAUACAAGAAACAAAGACACGGCAUACUGUAGAAGUAGAUUGUUCAAAUAAACAAUUAUCAAGUUUACCAGAAAACCUGCCAGAAAACACUGUGCUUUUAAAUGUCACUAAUAAUAAUAUCACCAAUAUAGAUGUAUUGGUAACAGAUCAAACAUACAAAACGUUGAGAUUUUUUUAUGCUGAUGAAAAUAAAAUAUCUAACCUUUUGUCAUUGGAAGGUUCAACUUUUAUAGAAAACUAUGCUGUUUUGAGUUUGAAACUAAAUCAAUUGAAGACAUUGCCUAUGUAUAUACUUCAAAAUUCCUUUACUAGAUUUGAGGGACAUAUUGUGAACUUGGGUGGAAAUGAACUUCAAUGUGACUGCAGUACUGCAAAUUCAUUAAAGAUAUGGUUAUUAACAAAUCAUAUUCAUAUUCCAGACUACAAUGAAAUUGUAUGCAGUAAUAUGCAGUACAAAGUAAAAGUAAUAGACUUGGAUCAACAAUUAGUGUGCAUUAAAAAAGCUGAUUGGACACACUAUAUGUAUUAUGUGAUCAUUGCUGAAUUGUCGGUACUUUUUUUGUUGAUUGGAAAAGUUUCAUAUGAUUAUUGGGUAUUCAAAACGGCUGGAUAUUUGCCAUGGCCUGCAUCCAAAAUGCCAAAGCUUCCUUGUGACUGGAUAUUUGAGUAA